UUCAGUCUGUAUGAGCAUAGGCUCAUCAGCAUCAGUGUCCAUGGAAUGGAAGUAUCAGGACUUAAUGAAUCAAUCAAGAUUACAUUGAAUAUUACUACAGGCAUUAAUGAAAGCCAGAAACCUGUGUGUGUCUACCUAAAUACCACAGGAAAUAAUACCAGAGUAAAGGAAUGUGACAACACGGAAUAUAAUAAGACUCACAUCACCUGUUUCUCUAAUCAUCUCACGUACUUUGGUGUGCUUCUGGUGUCUGCAGACCUCUCACCUAAAGACCAGGAGAUCCUGUUCUACAUUACCUUUAUUGGGUGUGGUAUCUCACUUUUGGCUCUGGUCCUCACUGUUUUGCUUUUCAUUACAAAAAGAAAACUCAGAGGGGAUGAUUCCAAGAAGAUCCACAUCAGCCUUGCAGUUUCCCUGAUCCUCCUAAAUGUCCACUUCCUCCCCAGCCAGGCAGUGGCGGAGACGUCCUCCAAUGAGCUGUGUUUUUAUAUGGCUCUUCUUCUUCAUUACUCCCUAUUGACCUCUUUCACCUGGAUGGCCCUGGAGGGCUUCCAUAUCUAUCUUCUCCUGGUCAAAGUCUUCAACAUCUAUGUGAGGAGAUACCUGUUCAAACUCAGUGUGGUGGGAUGGGGUCUUCCAGCAGUCAUUGUAUCAUUGAUGGUGAUCAUUGACAAAGACCUGUAUGGCCGUACCCCUGUGGUCUCAUCAAGACCUAAUGAGACUACAAUAUGCUACAUAACUGAUGAAACAGCAAAAAUGGUGACCACAAUGGGAGUGUUUGGCUUGGUGUUCCUCUUUAAUGUGAUCAUGUUUGGAGUGAUAGUCAAAUGGUUUGUGGAUAACACUUUCAGCAAACAGGACGGACGGAAAAAGUGUAAUGUGGCCCUAAGAGAGGUUCUAACGCUGCUGGUUCUCAUGGUUCUGCUGGGCCUCUCCUGGGGACUGAUCUUCUUCUCACUGUUCAAGUUGCCUGCUCCUGGCCUCUACGCCUUCUGCAUUCUGAACAGUCUGCAAGGCUUUGUCAUCUUCGUUUACUUUGUGUUGCAUUUGGGGAAGUCCAAAGCCUCUGCUGCUGCAUUUAACACUGAAACGCAGAUUUGUAGCAUCAAGAACUGAACCCAACAGUCCAUUCUCAGCCAGAAGGACAGUGGAGGGAAAAGUUUUUUCCCCUUUGUGAAUUAUUUUUGUUUUAUUUUUGUCAUAACAAAAUGUUGCAGAUUGUCAAAUAAAUUCAAAUAUUAGAGUACAACAACACAAAUAAUGAAAUGCAGCAUAUCAAUUAAAGUGUUAUGAAGAGAAAGAAAAUGUAAACUGUGUGUUCAAUUAUAUUUGGCAUAAAAAUAACACAAAUAUACAAUUAGUAAAAUAUGAUGGGGAUAGUGUUGUAGCCUAUGGCUAUUUUCUUGUCUCCUGACCUGGAAGACUUGCUGAGAUAAAUGGAACCAUGGAUGAACCAUCUUCUGUUGACUAAA